AUGCGAUGUUCAGCCCAGACUCUCAGAAUAUUCCCUCAACAGAAACAACAGACGGUAGCUGUAGGCAAAUCUGUAGUCAUGACUUGUCAGGUGGACGCACCAUCUCCAGAACUCGUCACCCAACCACAAUGGAAGGAUCCUAAAGGGUUCAUUAUCAACGAAUCUGCCACCGGUACACGACCUGAGAUUUACACGGAGCCGAUGCCCAUGAGACAACUGCAACUGCUAUACAUAUCGUCAAUCACACCCUCCAUGGCGGGGAACUACACUUGUGUCGCUACUUAUACUAACGUGCCCCUCAGCGCAAGUGUUAUUAUCGAUACCUACGUUGCUAUUACAUGGACGAACGCUAAUGAGAACCAGUUUGCUACAAAAGGGAAAGAUUUCAAAAUCAUGUGCGAAGUUACUGCGGAGCCUUCACCUUCAGUUGAUUGGUUCAAAGAAGGAAAUCCAAUUGUCACUGGCGAGCGAUAUGUCAUUCACACGAACGGAUUGAUGAUUAGAAAUGUAGAGGAAAGUGAUGAUGGAACUUACACUUGCCGAGCCGUGGUCAUUCAAACUGGUGAAUUAGCUGAAAGGAACAUCAAACUCGAAGUGUAUACCGCACCAGAAAUGGAGGAACGUGAACCUAGGGUAGAAAUCAGGGAAGGCGAAAGUGCAGCUAUAUCCUGUAAGGCCAGAGGAAAGCCAAACCCAACGUAUUCUUGGAUCAGGGCUUCAACUCGCGAAAACUUGGCAAGUACAUCUCGAUUCAGCGUUCAAGAAAACAGUGGUCUUCUAACAAUUGAUCGUGUCGAAGCCGGUGACUACGGAAAAUAUAUUUGCAGCGCGGUGAACCAGGCUGGCCAAAACGAAACUGAAAUUGAAGUGGAAGUUCUAGUCAGACCUAGAAUAUUCGAACUGUAUAAUGUAACCGCACCGGAAAAACAAGAAGCUACCCUAGAGUGUAGAGCCACAGGGAGGCCCGCUCCUCGUAUUACUUUCCGUAAAUUAAGCAGUCCUGACCGCUUCCUGAAUGGUCCUAACGAUAACGGCAGGAUUACGAUUGAUACGACCAGUCGCCAAUCUGGUGAUCAAAUGGAAUCCAGUGCAGUGAUAACAAUUUCUAAGUUGAACAGAACAGAUGAUGGCCUGUACGAGUGUGUUGCUGAAAACGACGGUGGUGAAGCAAGAAGGAAUGGCCACUUGACAGUUCAGUUCAGACCGACAUUUGAAAACAUGCCUAGGAUUCCUAUUUGGAGCUGGAACCAACGUCCCGCUAAUUUAAGUUGUACAGCGGAGAGUAUCCCGAACGCUACCAUUAAAUGGAGGUUCCGAGAGGCGGAUUUAGUAGAAUCUCCCCAAGUAAAGAUAUAUGGCUCUGGUCCCUCAAGUUACGUCAUAGUCACUCCAACCGAUCGAGGCCUGUUCGGUCCAUACAAAUGUAUUGCCACUAAUACACUCGGUGAAGAUGAGCACAUUAUUCACUUCCGCGAGGCGUUUCCACCUCACACGAUUACCCAAGCACGUCAAGAAUUGAUAACAGCGACGUCGGUUUCAUUCAAUAUAAAUGGGCCAUCUGAAGACGAUGGACCACCAAUAUUGGCCUUCAUAGCCCAGUACAAGGAGAAUGGUAAUUUUGAUUGGAAUCUGUCCCUGAACAGGACUUGGUCCGUCAAUUCACCAUACAUUAUUGAAAAUUUGAGACCAAUGGUUACCUACGAUUUCCGCUUCGCUGCCAUCAAUCAGGUCGGGCCCGGUAGCUGGGGAGCUCCUCUUACUGUCAUUAUGCCUAGAAGGUCACCUCCGGAACAACCGAAAUGGUGGGAAAAUGAAAGUCCAGAAUCUCUCGUGCAUGGCAAAUACGCGGAUAGAUUUGAACUAAGAUGGAGAGUACCCGCCAAUAAUGGCGAACCCAUCGAUAUGUAUGAGAUCAACUACUGCCCUGUGCAAAAGGUAACUGGUGAAUGGCGCAUUGCAUCUGAAUCUGAGUGCGUCGUUGAGGAGCUUAAAUCUCUAGAGGCAAUCAGUUACGAAGUACGUAGUCUCCGACCUGACACUCGCUAUAGAAUGCAAGUUCGGGCCCACAACGUCCUCGGGUUUUCCCUGCCUGCUCAACUUUACGUCCAAACUGCUCUCGGCGUAGAACGUUCUGGUUUUGCACCACCGCAAAUGUUGUCAAGUGGGACAAUAAUUGGAUUGGCUCUCGCUGGAGUAUUCAUCUGCCUCCUCAUCGUGGAUCUUCUUCUCUUGUGCUUCAGAAGGCAAGGAGUUAUUGCCACAAUGUGUGGGAAGCGUGGUAAAAAGCAUAACGACGAUGAAGCCAAACUGGGAAGGGAUGAAAAGGAGCCACUGAAAGAUACAGGCGAUGAUGCUAUCAAGAGGAAUUCUUCAGUCGAAUUCGACGGUCAUAGAGUAUACGCCACUAGCGGCGGACCUAUCAUCGGGAAGAACUCUGCCGUCUAA